CCUCCCCCCUCCCACACGCUCACACAAACUCACACACACACACACAGUAGAGGAAAGAGGAGAGGCAGCAAACAAGACGAUAUCAUGACGCGAUGCUUCAGGCUGCAACACAGACUCACACAGUCAUCGCCUGCGUCUUUGGAGAACAUGGCCUGUAUGUUCUGCACGUUAGCAUCCUGAGUGCUAACAGGAGGUACGUCACUUCUGUGAACAGAAACUGGGCUGAUGCACUCUGAAUGUCUGGCUCUGGAGGCGUCGACAGGAUAACCUCCGUUUGAACCCUCUGUGAAUUAAACCAACUUUCCCCUAAAUGACAGCGAAAGAGGAUUGCACCGGAGCCGUCACACUGUGAAUCUUCCUCUUACUGCUCCGCUAUAGACAACACAUGGAAGCAGAAGGACGUUUUAAAUGGAAAAUCUGUGGCGUUUUGGAUACCUGGACCCCUUUUUACCCAACAGGAGUGUAAUGGAAUAAUCUGACUGCUGGUUCAAAUCCUCUUUGCAGCAGCGAGGUCAAGCUUGGACUAAAGUGCACGAUUGUCCACUGAAAUUAGUGAUUUCCCAGCACUCUUUUCUUGGUGCUGAGUGGAAAAGUCCUGCAGGAUUGGGGGUGCAUGGACGCAGCCCCUCCUCUUGGCUGAGAACAUUUAGACAACAAAAGUCAUGCCUCUCCUAAAAUCCAACAUGUGUUUCAAGGAGUUAAUCUCCAUGUUUUGCUCCGUCCUCCCGAAGGCACAAUGGAAUAAAGAGUGAGACAAGGAGUUCAGGACAGCAGGAGGAAAACCUUGAAUCUGAAGCCCCUUCCCCUGGCUGCAGUGUGGAAGAAGGGGUGUCUUCGGAGGUCCACCCCCACCAGGCUGCCGCUCGCAGAUGGAGACCCACCAACACUCCCCAGAUAGCAGCAGUGAAGAGUGCACCGUCCUGGAGGCUCCACCUGGUAAAAACGCCUGCCCCCAACAUACAGGGAAGGUGGCAGAGCUGUACUGUUCCGCCUGCGAGUGUGCGCUGUGUGAGGACUGUGUGCCGGAGCACGAGGAGCACCCUCAGGUGCCGCUCAGCCAGGCCCUGGAGCAGCACCACAGCAGCCUGCAGGAGAGGCUGGGCGCCGUCCAGAACAGACUCCCUCAGAUUUCAGACGCCCUGUCCUUCGUUAAGGAGAUCCUCCAACAGCUGACCAAUCAGAGAGCUUCCAUCGAAGAGGACAUCCAGUCGAGCUUCGAGGAUCUGCACAAGCAGCUGGAUGUCCGGAAGAGUGUUCUGCUGAUGGAGCUGGAGGUCACAUACGGACUCAAACAGAAGGUCCUCCAGGUGCAGGUGGACAGCCUCCUGCGGGGGGAGGGGGACAUCAUGGCCUCCUGUACCCAGACGGAGGAGGCUCUGGCUGCCGAGGCGUGUGUGGCGAGUCUGCAGGUGAAGCAGGAGCUGCAGGAGAGACUGGGGGAGCUGGCCGGCCUCGGCCUGCCGUGUCAGCCGGAGGAGAACGACCAGCUGGAUCUGCUGAUGGAGACUGACGGGCUGAGGAAGUCCAUACACAACCUGGGGACCAUCGUCACAACCAGUGCGGUGGCGAGCCAGAGUGAAGCCAUGGGUGCUGGUUUGGAGCAGUGCAUUGUGGGACAUCCUGCCUCGGUUACCAUUGUGACAAGAGACAAGUCGGGGGGAGCCUGCAAGAGCGGCAACGCAAUCCUGUCAGCCGAGGUGUUCACCCCGGAUGGCAGCAUAGUGGACGGUGAAAUAUUGGACCACAAGAAUGGGACUUAUGAGUUUGUGUACACGGUGCCGAAGGAGGGCGACUUCUCGUUGGCGCUCCGUCUGUACGACCAGCACAUCAAAGGAAGCCCCUUCAAACUGACUGUCAACAGGGUCUUAGAUGCAGACGUAGAGGUGUCCCCCUCCACCACCACGGCAACCAACUCAGCAGCCUACGCCACCCCGUCCACGGGCUCCUCUGAGGGGGCAAAGAGACGAGGGAAGUCCCCCGGCCAGAAGAAAAAGGGCUCCAAGAGGGCCAGCAGUGCCUUGGGUACCCCGCGACGUAAAACCCAGAACCCCAUCGAGGACGACCUUAUCUUCAGAAUCGGAACGAAGGGGAGGAAUAAAGGAGAGUUCACCAACCUUCAGGGAGUGGCUGCCUCCUCCAGUGGCAGGAUACUGAUUGCUGACAGCAACAAUCAGUGUGUCCAGAUUUUCUCCAAUGACGGAGAAUUCAAGAGUCGUUUUGGCAUGCGGGGACGGUCACCAGGGCAACUGCAGCGUCCCACCGGCGUGGCCGUGCACCCCUGCGGUGAUAUCAUCAUCGCCGACUAUGACAACAAGUGGGUCAGCAUCUUCUCCAGCGAGGGCAAGUACAAGGCAAAACUUGGCUCUGGUAGACUCAUGGGGCCAAAGGGCGUGUCUGUGGACCAGGAAGGUCAUGUGAUCGUUGUUGACAACAAGGCGUGCACUGUCUUCAUCUUCCAGCUGACUGGCAAGCUCGUCACCAAGUUUGGGAGUCGAGGCAACGGUGACAAGCAAUUUGCAGGUCCACACUUUGCAGCAGUGAACAAGAACAAUGAGAUCAUCGUGACUGACUUCCAUAACCACUCUGUCAAGGUUUUCACCCCGGAGGGAGAGCUGGUGUUGAAAUUUGGCUCUAAUGGUGAAGGAAACGGCCAGUUCAACGCUCCCACUGGUGUAGCUGUGGACGUUAAUGGGAACAUCAUCGUAGCUGACUGGGGCAACAGCAGAAUACAGGUGUUUGACGGCAGUGGCUCCUUUCUCUCCUACAUCAACACAUCGGCGGACCCUCUGUACGGACCCCAAGGUCUGGCUCUGACCUCAGAUGGAAAUGUGGUAGUGGCUGACUCUGGCAACCACUGCUUCAAAGUCUACCGCUACCUACAGUGAUGGAGGCUCGGACGGAGAAAUGAAGCGGAUGCAGGAAAGACGGAUGGAGGGAGAAGUUGUGCACGGUGUCAAAUUCUACAAAUAAAUGCAUGAAACCUGCCGCUGCCUGUAACAUUGGAAGGAGGGAUGGAUAGAAAAGAGGACGAAGCGAAGAAGUAUUCCCCAUCAUUACAUCAAUAGACCACAAUAUAACUAUGAUCUCGCUUUGACAUCUUUGAUGAGUUGGAUAAAGUCUCAUCAUAGUAAUCGUCAAAACAAUGAAACAGUGAAUGACAGAAUGGUCUUUGAACUAAAUCGUAAAACUAAAGUUCAAAGAGUGAUGAGGAUAGUAGCAGAUGAUGGGGAAUGGAACAAGAGUUUGCUACCCUCAUGCAAACAUUUAAAAUAUUGCAGAAUGGGACCCAGGAGUGAAGCUGGAGUAGAAACAGUUAUGCAAUGACGGAUUCAUGAUGUCACGUUCUAUAAGUCCCUCUUUCUCCCAGUUUGGCAUUAAUACAAAAAUGGAGGAGUGGACGGAAAAAAAGGCUUUAAAAAAGAAAGGAAGAUUAAAUAAAGGUUGCAACAGAAGAUGGAAAACGUCUUUGGAAAUCACUGCUUCCUAAACCCACAAUGGAGUGAAUGAUGGAUAAAGGGAGCAAAGAAGAAUCAAAGGCGUGAGUGUAUAAAUAAAGGAGAGAAUGGAUUGGAAGAUUAAACGAUUUCUAAUGUUCGACCUUGUCACAUUGUAUGUAACAGACACAAUAAUGGCCGGUGAGCUAAAAGAGGUCUACGUCUUAGUUUGACAUCAUUUCUUACUCCAGGUCAUGAACACAGACUUCCUUACAGCAUUGGGACUGUAGAUUACAUUUGUGCACUAACAUCAAGUCUAACAUGUGGAAGCUAACAUUAGCUACCAACUUCUAGAGCUUGUCAGAAGGCCUUUGAGUAAAGCAGUGAACUUUAAGCUGGUCCAGCAGUAUGAGACUGUAGUUUAAUGGGAAACACCCAGAAGUGAACUUGUAAUCUUUGUCCAGCCAAUUAACUUGACUAUAUUGUUGAAUGAAGAUUAACCUGCGAAGGUCAUGAAAAACAUUAUUAGACUAAGACUUGGGCCACUUUUAGCCUGUUUGUCCAUUAGGAUUGUCUAAAUAUGGAAUGUUUAAAUUUAGUUUCUUGUCAUAUGCUAGUAUUCUUUACAAGUCUUAGAUGAUAGAUUCAUAAUUAGAAACGAUUGCUUGACUCUGAUUGGAUGAUUGCUUCAGUUGGUUGACACGAUGGCUUUGACGAGCAGCACCGUCUUGUCUUUGCCUGGUGUGAGUGUUAAUAUAUUGUUUCCUGAGAAAAAGAAGGUCUAUAAAUCUAUCCUAUAUAUUUGUGAUGAAAUGAAUUAACAUAUUUGGAAUCAGUAACAUUUUUACUCGUUUCUGCUCACCGUCUCAGAAACAAAACUCUAGAAUGUUUCUAUUCACUCUUCAACAUUGCCGAGGAUUCUAGAACGCUCUGAGGAUUCCAAGAAGCGCUGUCGCUGGAUUGUACAAUUCCACAAGUUCUGUCAUCGUUCAUAAAACAACGCCUCAGUGUUCUAUAAGCAUGCCUCUGUAAUAUGUGAUUGUUGACAUCAAACUAACAGAUUUCAACUCCAAGCUUCCGUUUUACAAACAGUAAACACGCAUUCAAUUAGGUAAAGUACUGCAAAGGACAUGAGACCAAGCAUGAGACCAGUAAAAGUGCUGUUCGCUGGAAAACAUAGUGAUACAAAACAUUUACAUUGAUUAUUAAAUAGGCAAGGAAAGCAUUUAAGUUAGUCAUCAUCAGUUAUACAGUUUUAAUCUUUAUCGUUAAUAUACAGGACACAGAGGCUUGUGGUCGAGGACGUCGUGGACUCUCAAGUUCACACCGGAUCAAAUAGUAAACUUUAUAUAAGUUAUUGCUUAUUAUUUAUUUAUUUAUCUAUUUCGUCAUUUUAAUCUUUCUAUCUUGCCAUUUGAUUGUGUUCCAACGUGUGCAUUGAAAUUCUUAAGUGCCCAUUAUAUUUCUUCUUUUUGUACAUUUUGUCUGUUAUGUUGAAUCAAAAUAUGAUUGUUGGUAUUUGAUACAUUUUAUACUGACUGUUGUGAGUGGACAAAUCAGCUUUUCAAGUUUUGUUAUAUUUUUAUUUGACAAAUGAAAGCAGUCACGCUGUGUGGGAAACAAUAAUCAAGCUAGCUAUUAGGAAAAACAGCUUGUUAGCAUUGCAUUUCUGAUGGAAACCAAUGGACAUGUUUAGCACAAAGCUAAUCAUUUAGCUGUUGCUAAGAAUACAGUAGAGUACAAUGACCUACUUUAUAAACAUUGACCAGUCCAAGUAAGGAGGUUUAUUUUGAAAUGUUAACACGGUCUAUUUUGUAACAAAAGUUAAUUCAAUACUUUUGGGCUGUUUAUAGCCAUUGGUUUCAAUGCUGAAUGCUAAUAAUGCUCUCUUUACACAUAGCUAAGACAAACAGUGCGAUAAGUGCAUGUUUAAUAAGAAGAAUAGAUUCAAAUGAAAGUUGAAAUCCAAAAAGGAUUUCAUGUCUUUUCCUAAUUGUCCUGAUUGUCAGUUUGGUAAAAGUACAUUCUCUGACUUUGUUCAAGCGCCCAAUAGUGCUGCUACAUUUCCAAUUGUGCUUCUCGACAGCGAGCUGGGAGCGAGCACUAUUGAUUAUUUCAACAAGGUUGAAAGGUUUUGUUUCUUAAAGUAAUCUGGGCCUUGUUUGCUGGAGAUUCAGCCUUAUUGUCAGUAAUACAUGAAUG